AUGAAUUUUUGUAAAACAGUGUUCAAUGUUUUUUUUGUCUUGUUGUUUAUAAGCAGUUAUGAAAUUAAAUGCCAACUGCGAUUUGCUUCGUUGGGAGACUGGGGAAAGGAAACCAAAUCCCAAUUAUUGAAUGCAAAAUAUUUUAAGCAAUAUAUAAAAAAUGAAAGGGUAACAUUUAUAGUAAGUCCUGGGUCCAAUUUUCUUGAUGGAGUGAAAGGAUUAGAUGAUCCUUCAUGGAAAAGUUUAUAUGAAGAUGUAUAUGCAGAAGAAAGUGGAGAUAUGUAUAUGCCAUUUUUUACAGUAUUAGGAACACGUGAUUGGGCUGGAAAUUAUAAUUCAGAAUUAUUAAAAGGACAAGGAAUUUAUUUACAAAAAGAUGGAGAAACAAGUAUAGGAAAUGAUGAAGACAAAACAUUAUAUCCAAAAUGGAUUAUGCCAAACUAUUGGUAUCAUUAUUUUACUCAUUUUACUGUUUCAAGUGGACCUUCAAUUGUUAAAACAGGGCAUAAGGAUAUGUCAGCUGCUUUUAUAUUUAUCGAUACAUGGAUUUUGUCAUCUAAUUUUCCAUACAAAAAAAUACAUGAAAGAGCUUGGGCUGAUUUAAAAUCACAGUUAAAUGUCGCAAAAAAGAUUGCUGAUUAUAUUAUUAUUGUAGGAGAUCAACCAAUUUAUUCUUCUGGAUCAUCUCGAGGGAAUUCAUAUUUAUCUUACUAUCUUUUACCCUUAUUAAAAGAUGCACAAGUUGAUUUAUACAUAUCUGGACAUGACCACAACAUGGAAGUAAUAGAGGACAAUGAAAUUGCUCAUAUUACAUGUGGAUCUGGUACCAUAUCAGGUGGAAAAGGAUCAAUGAAAAAUGGAAAAUCGUUAUUUUUUAGCAAUGAUAUAGGAUUUUGUAUACAUGAAUUAGGUAGUUAUGGUAUUGUCACCAAAUUUAUUAGUGGAAAAAGUGGUGAAAUUAUUCAUACACAUAAAUUAGAUUUGAAAAAGAAGAAAUCCCUUGAUAAAGUGAACUCCUUACAGUAUUUUGCUUCAUUACCAAAAGUACAACCAGUUGAUGUUCCCUCUAGUGGACCUAUGGGUAACAAAGAUUCUUUUGUUAGGAUUGUCGGUACUAUUGGUAUUCUCAUAGGAUCUGUAAUUGUUUUUAUUGGUACAUCAUCUUUCUUAUCAAAAAGCAUGAAAUGA